AUGGAGUUCUUCCAAAGAGUGUCGCAGCAGCUGUUUGAGCUGGACAAUACCGAUACGCAGCACGAGCUGGUGAUUUUGGGCGAAACGUACGCUGCAGUGGACAAAAACGGAGCACAGCCUGAGAUUGAGACCACAACAGGCGUUUUCGGACAGAUGUUCGGCAAAGAUCGGGGCUGGAACUCACGAUUCUUGGCAUCCGUGCGAAAACUGCUGCAUUUUACGUACAGAACGAAGUUCGAGCCGAUACCAAAAGACCCAGCUGGUCCGUCUCCCAUGAACUUGGGAACCCUUUUCAAGGACAACCCUCUGAACUCGAUCGAAAGCGCCAUCAACCAUCCAGACUGCUUCUGCAGCGACAUCGGGUGGGGGUGCAUGAUUCGCACAGGCCAAGCACUGCUGGGGAACGCGCUACAACGGCUGAGGAAUAUGGCAGGCGCAAAUGACGCAUGCGAGCGUGAAACACAAAUCAUCGGCUGGUUCGAGGACCGCUACGCUGCACCCUUUUCGCUGCACAACUUUGUCAAAGAAGGCGCCAAACUGUCGCACAAGCCACCCGGUGAGUGGUUCGGGCCGUCAGCCACCUCGCGAAGUAUCCAAAGUCUCGUGCAUGGGUUCCCAGCAUGUGGGAUAGACAAAUGCGUCAUAUCUACGGACUCUGCAGACGUGUACGAGGAGGACAUGGAACCUAUCUUUGCAAAGGACCCCAACACGGUGGUUUUGUUGCUUCUUGGCGUCAAGUUAGGGCUCAGUAAAGUGAAUGCCCGGUACUGGGACGACAUCCGACAUAUCUUGAAGUCUCCGCACUCCGUGGGCAUCGCUGGCGGUCGCCCUUCCUCCUCGCUUUACUUUUUCGGCUAUCAGGAUGAAUACCUUUUUUAUCUUGACCCACACACUUCGCAGCUGGAUCUGUCGUCGCUGGACUCAUCUCAAGAAAAAUUCAACUCUGUGCACUCCCAGCGUUUCAACAAAAUUCACUUUUCCGACCUCGAUCCUUCAAUGCUUAUUGGUGUGUUGGUGCAGGGCCUAACGGAUUGGGAAGCUUUGAAAUCUGACGUCUCAUGGUCCCAGAUUAUCCAUGUCUCGCCCUCAAGACCCCAAAAUUACUUUUUAGAAGACGACGGUGUAGUCAGCGAGUCUGACGAAGAAGAAGAGCCCCCAGGUGCUCGUAACUCCACGCUGGGUGGAGAAUAUAUUGAUGUCAUCGCACCUAUGGAUCAGCAGGCUGACCGUUACGCUACGGACGACGACUUUCAAGACGUCCAGUGCAAGAAUCAGAACAUUCUGGUUGUCGGUGACGAAGACAGCACAUCCCCGGAUACAGAGGUUGAGCGCGUCCUUGUGGGGCAGGAAACAGUUCCAUUGGCUCUACCGCCCGAACCUCAACAGCCCGCUACAGCGCCCGUCUGUGAUUGA